UACUUAGUCAAUAAAAAGUUAUUAGUUACACACAAUGCCAUAUAUUCAAAAUAAUAGUUUUUGCAGUGAAAUCAAUUCAGAAAAAGAAAGUUUUUCUUUCUAUCUUGAAGGGAAAAAUGGCAUCGAUUAUGUUGAAAAGAUGUCAAAAGAAGAGAUAAAGUUACUAGAGCAAAUGGAGGAUUAUGUUUCAAAACGAUAUAAGUUAGAUUUAGAAUAUGCAACAAAACUGGGUAAACUACAUGAAAAGUUUACAUUUGAUAACAAUGUUAAUGGCAAUUUAAAAGGAAGUUUAAUCGAAAAGGCAUGGCGUAUGUACAUUACAGAGGCUGAAAAUAAAGCUAUAUCAAUAUCAAAUUUAGUAAAACAACUUAACAUGCAAACUUUACCUCAGAUUAAGUUGUUGCUGAUGUCUAAGAAAGAUAUGUAUGAUAAGUUCAGUGAAGUAAAAUCAAGUAUGGAUAGUAAGUUUGAUGGAAGUGCUGAAGAAGUCAACAGAUUUUGGAAUAUUUAUAAGGACAGUUUAAAAAAAGCUUCAAACUCUAGAGAAAAACUAAGUAAAAUUGAUUCAAAGAAUUCAAAAGAUUGGCAAAAAGAAAAAAAAAAUUUUGAUCAACAUUCACAAAAGCUUCAUAUGACACACAAUGAAUAUUGCUUAUCUAUUGCUGCAGUCAAUGAACAUCAAAAAGAGUACCACAAAAAUCUUGUUCCUUUUUUACUCAACUUUAUGCAAGAUAUACAUGAAGAGUAUGUUCAGCCAUGGAAGGAGAUUUUAUUAAGCUUGCAAUCAAGCACAAGUUGGUGUCGUCAAGAGUUUAUAACCUCUGAGAAUGAAAUACAGCAAAGUAUAGCUAUAAUAAAACCUACUGACGAAUACAAAGGGUUUUUAAAUUCAUAUAACAAAUUACCUGUGUCAAAUACCUCGUAUUUAUUUGAUGAUCAUCUUGUUUCCGAUGAAAGUGUUACAUCUGGAUUAACAAAAGACACAUUAGCUGUAAAUGAUCUUACACAUCAACAGUUAAUAUCUAAAAAAAAUAAGAUUGAAGAUGAUGUAAGCAAAAUGGAGGAAAGUGUUGACAUUAAGAAAAAAAAUUCUCAAGAAGAAGAAACAGCUUUGAAAAAUAUGCAAGCUGAUAAAAACAAUAACUUGAGAAUUAGGAUUAACCAACAUUUUCGUUAUCAUAAUGUUAAUUUUGAAAUUGAAGAAGUUAAAUGCAAAUUGAAUAUACAUCAAGUGCAGUUAAAAGUUAUAACUGAAGCAAUUCAACUUAUAGGUGAAAAUGGACCUCCUUGCUACUCUACUCUUUUACCUCCAAUACCAUCAAACAAUGAGAAUGACAACAAUGAAAAAAAAAGGAGAACAACAUUACCAAAUUUUCUUCAAUUUCGAUCGAAAAAUGAAAUUAAUGACGCAAAUAAUGUUGAAAAUAAUAAUCGAAUUUCUAACGACUUGAGUGAUUCAAGUGAAUCACAGAUAUCAUAUGAACAACCUAUUGAAUCUUUGAAUUUAUCACCAUGGUUUCAUGGAAAAAUUGACAGAGCAACAAUUUCUCGCUUGCUUAAACAUGAUGGUGAUUUUAUAGUACGAGAGAAAUCAGAUAACUCUGGAACCAAUGUUUUGAGUGUUUUAUGGAAAGGCUCAAUAAAACACUUUAUUUUAAAAGCUAAUGAUAAGGGGUUGUACACACUGGAAGGAGAAUCAUUUUCUUCAAUCAACGCUCUUAUAACUCAUCAUUAUGAAAGACGCUCUGUCAUACAGAGUAGCACUGGUAUCAUAUUGAUGAAUUCAGUAAAUCGUAUCUUUAUGGAUGGAGAUGAUUACAUAGUACCACAAGACGAUGUUCAACUUAAAUGCAAACUUGGAGGUGGACAUUUUGGAGAUGUGUAUAAAGGAGUUUUACUUUCGAAGCAGAUUAUGCUGGCAGUAAAAACCUGUAAAGAAAAUGUAAGCGAUGUGAUAAAAAAACAGUUCCUCGAGGAAGCCGAAAUUAUGAAAACUUGUAUGCAUAAAAAUGUCUUAAAAUUGAUCGGGGUUUGCAGAGACAAAGAACCUUACUAUAUAUUGUUAGAGUUGUGUGAUAAAGGUGAUUUGCUUGCUCUUUUAAAAAAGGAAGGCCCCAAUUUUACUCAGAUGAGAUUGUUUGACAUGUCUAUGGAUAUUGCUAGAGGGAUGGCUUACCUAGAACAAAAACAAAUCAUUCACAGGGAUUUAGCAGCUCGCAAUUGUCUGGUUACAAAUGAUUAUGAUGUAAAAAUUUCUGAUUUUGGAAUGUCUAGAGAAGAGGAUGAUGAAGGUACAUAUACUAUACAAACCACAAAAGAGAUUCCGUUCAAAUGGUGCGCCCCUGAAGUAUGGCUUGACACUAAGUAUUCCACUAAAACUGAUGUUUGGUCAUAUGGAGUUACAUUAUAUGAAAUUUAUUCACUCGGCCAACAGCCGUAUCCUGGCUGGACCAAUAAGCAAGCUCGUGAAGAAAUAAAUGCCGGGUAUAGGAUGCCAUCUCCCGCAAAAACACCUCCUGAGGUGUAUGAGCUAAUGAGAAAAUGUUGGCAUUUUUCGGACUUUGAGAGGCCUUCUUUUAGUGAGAUAAUCAAUAUAUUUGAAAAUAUAAGGUUGCAUAUAUUCAAAAUGAAUUUUUUAAAAUGAUUAUCAUUAAAAAAAUAUUUCGUUUUGUAUAAUUCUGCGCGCGCAUUUAUUUUAUGUUCUUUUUUUUAUUUUUUUUAAAAAAAAGAUACUUUUUUUGUAUUUUAUUCGUAUUUCGUAUUCUAUUGUAAAAUAAAAUAUUGUGGUAUUUGCAAUUAGAUAAUUAGCUUAUAAAAAGCUUUUUUAUAUUUUUUAUAAUUUUCAUAAAUUUAUGAACACUAAUAUAUCAUAUCAUUUGAUUUAUAUUUAAAUUUUUUUUUUGUUUUUCAACACAAUUAAAAUAUAUUUAUUUUUUUAUUAAAUUCCUACAAAUAAAAUAUAUUGUAUGUUUUUAAUAUACAUAAAUCAU